AUGGACGCGGUGACGCGCUGCGUCGAGCACGCGAUCGCGGCUGAGAUGCCGGAGGAGUUUGGUCUAAUCGUUGACGGGUGGAGCCACGACUCGGAGCACUACAUCGCGGUCUUCGCGUGCUACGAGGUUGAUGGGGUUCUGAGGUGCCCCUUGCUCUGCAUGGCACCACUCGUCAACGAUGAGACCGACGACUUCUUCGCGGCUAGUCAUCAAACCUUCUUGGCUACGAUGCUAGCGCGCGACUAUCAGAAGCGCCUGGACCAGGUUCUCUUCCUGGUGGGAGAUAAUUGCGGCGUCAACCGCCGCCUCCCUACGCUGAUGGACGUCCCGCUAGUCGGGUGUGCAAGCCACCGACUCAACCGAGCCGUCGCCGCCCGGCUGAGCGAAUGCGCUGAAGAUGUCGACAUGGUACAGGCGCUGAUGGUUCAAGACCGACCUCGACCAAUCAUCCGCCAGCAAACCCGCUGGGGUUCGACCUUUGCGAUGAUUAACCGCUACUUCGAGCUUCUACCAUUCAUCGACGCGGAGGACGACGAGUUGGCCGAGCUCCUUCCCCCGGCGGCGUCCAAGCGGCGGCUUCGGGACCUGCUCGGCGAGCUGAAGGACGUGGAGUCCGUGUUGAAGGCUCUCCAAGGCGCUGACGCAAACCUCCUCGACGUUCGCGUCUGGUUCGACGGGCUCAUUGCCGCGAAGCCCUCGUACGCCCGUUAUCUCGCACCGCGGGCUGACAUCGUCCACAGCCCCGACUUCGAGGCGGGCUGCGUCAAGGUGCUCAAGGGGCAAGCCAAGCGGCUGACCCGGGUGAAGAAGGCGGCGCUGGAGCGCUUCUUGGCGGCUCCACCAGCGGGCGAGGGCGAGCAAGAAGAGAAGGAUGAGGAGGCCAGCAUCCCCUUCGUGGAGCGGCUGCAAAAGCGUCGGCUCCUGGAAGAGCAUCAACCAUGUUACGAACUGCUGGCGUCCAUUCCGCCCACGUCCAACGUGGUCGAGCGAUUUUUUAGCAUCGCUCGUGCCACGUUUGGGCUGCAGCGCCACGCACUGCAGCCGUACACGCUGGAGAUGCUGCUGUUCCUGCGGCAGAAUGCCGAUUUUUGGGACGCGCGCACUGUUGAGAGCGCGGAGUAA